AUGGCUUCCUCAUCCAUAAAGGCAGCCGCUACGAAAUCGAUUCUGACACCACCAAUGAUUUUGAAGGGUCACGGAAGAUAUACUCAAUCUAUAUCCUGUUUUCCGGACAGCCAACGAAUGAUCAGUGGAUCUUAUGAUAAGACCGUUCGGCAAUGGGAUCUGAAGGCGGGCAAGAAGGUUGAGGAAGCGAGGAGCAACGUCAAGGCCACUACGACCUAUGCGCGACCCCGGAACUGCAUCCGGGAUGGAAAGCUGGUUGACUCUGCAUCUUCUGCUGAACCUUACAUCGCAAUUAGUUACGUGUGGGACACCCGUCCUUCUUUCAAAGAAUGGGAAGGCAGGCGGGUCACAGAGCAAGCAUUACACAUCGCCGACCGACUCUCGAAACACGCCUCAUAUGCUCUGUGGAUCGAUGCAAUCUGCAUUGACCAGGACAACGAACCAGUAAAGAUGGUUGAGCUUGCAAAGAUGGCAGAUAUAUACCGUGGGGCCACAGCAGUGUUAUGCCUUGUACCGGAGAUAGACCAAACGACAAGCAGAGUCGUGGAGCACGGAACCGGAAUGAUAGAUUUAGAUGGGUUCCGUGCACUUGAACACGCUGGAGACACGCACGGGAUGUACAUGUUUGCUUCCCAAGGCUCAAAUAAGGCGCUGCACAAGCUAUUCAGCAGCAGGUGGUGGACGCGUGUCUGGACGUUCCAAGAGGCAGUUCUUAACCGCGCAACGUUUUUGGUGGGAGAGAAAGAGGAAACUAUACCCAUUUCCGACGUCCUCAAAAUCUCUCACCCAAUUAGUCGACGGGCAGCGACACAGAAGAAAGACAACUUACUGGGGCAAUUAUCCAGUUUUUGGGACUCGGUUCAUUCCAUGUCGGACGCGAUGAAGGUAUACAUGCCGCUCGGGACAGCUAUGUCGAGCGUGUGGAGGCGCCAAUCUACCGUCACUCAUGACAUGGCGUACUCUCUGCUUGGUGUAUGUCAUCUAGAGACAAUCAUGCCUGACUAUCGGCUUCCAGUGGAGAAAGUGUUCGCUGACCUUGUGGACAAAGCCAGCUUGAAAGGGGACUUUUCCUGGCUGAGAUGGAGCCACUUAGUCGACAGAGACACCACAUGUGAAGGAAUGUCUAUGGUGCCCGUACCUGCAACUGUGUUAGCAACCCCUGCCAGUGCUAUCACGGAAUGGCGUUCCGUAGAAGUUCCUCAGAUGUCAGUUGUCCGUAGAGGGGCCGUUGGUGUUCGCAUUCCGCAUCGGUCGACUGGCGUUAUAAGAUGGCAAUCACAACCGGAAGACAUCAAGGGAAUUAUCAACGUGUUCCAAAAGCUGUCAUACAGCCCCGAAGACAUAUGGAACUUAUUAUUUGGCCUGCACGUUGGAUUGGCGUGCGACAUCGAUAGAGCCGUGGGAGGAUCUGGGCUGGCUCAGGCAUUGCUCAACCUGGCGACUGGAUACAUCGACGGCACGUUCAAAUUGGAGGACUCAGAGGAUGAUUUGGUGGGAGAAAAGCCAUAUACGAGAGGAUACGGGUUCACGGCUUAUGCAUCCAUGGCAGCAAAGGUUUGGAAAAAUGCGCAGUUGGUCGUGAUGCGCUCCCAGGGUGGAACAACAGUGGUACCUACCCACAGUGGAACAGGACAGGCGCGGACUGCAUAG